AGUGAUUGUGGACUUCCCCAAAGUUCACUUUCUGGAGAUCAGUCACAGGGGCAAUGUAACUUUGGUGUUUGGGAACGACAACAGAGUAGCGCUCGUUUUCGGUGUUAUAAAUAUUUAUUUUGAGGCGUCUGUUAAGUAUGAAUUACAGGCAUGGAGAGAUGGACUGGCUGUGGACAGUUUUCGCACUUCUUUUAAACUUUCUUUUCACGCACGGGUCGCCCUCCUCUUACCGUUUGUUCCAAGGGUAUGCACACACUGGAGCGGUACACAGGCACAGGGAUAGGAACUGGUGCGCCUAUGUGGUGCACAGGAACGUGAGCUGCACCGUGCAGGGGAGUGCGCAGAGCUACCAGGAGCCCGUGGUGGCCCCUUGCCCGCCGUACCAGCCCGACUGCCAGCAAGAAGUGACAUACCAAAAUCGGUUUCGACCCACAUACAAGAUUGCCUACAAGACAGUCACAGAAUUAGAGUGGAGAUGCUGUCCUAAUUACCAAGGUCCCAACUGCAAAGAUUUAAAACCACCCCCAGACCGACAAACCGUUCAGGGAACACAGCCUUUCCUCUCACCAAAUCCUGGACAUACAACCAGACACACUCAGAGGACAGAGCGGAGAGAAACGGCACCCUAUGAGGCGAGGCAUGGUGGGAUGGACAAGGUGCAUCUUCUGGAAAAUGAAGUUCAGCGUCUGUCUCAGACGGUUGUGGAUCUCCAGUCUGCUUUAACAGGGUUGACCGCCAACCUCCGCACAGAUCUACAGGAUGACACAAAGAAGAUGUUGGUGACACUUCUCAACAACAUACGUCCACCAGACAGCUCCACGGCUGCAGAUACAGAGGAGAGCCCUGCGGUGCUGGAUGGCCAUCAGGCCACCAGAGGUGGGAUUGCCGGAGAGAGGGCACUAGAAAAAAUCGAGGCUCGUUUGGAUGCUAUCAAUAAUGCACUGAAAAACAAGGAAGAAGCUUUGGAUGAUUUAAGGGGAAUCACAUCAAGUCAUGAAGGGCAAAUACGUGUCCUGAUGGAUGCCUCCCAGUCUCAGACUCCACCCAUAGCAGAGUUUGAUGUCAUACAGACCUACAUUGAUGGUAAAUUUGAGAAGCUAAAGAAAGAGCUGGACCAGAACGUGGAGGAACAAAUGGCCAAAGUACAGAACUCAUGCAAUGACAAGAUCCAGACCAUGCAGAAGACCUGUGAAGACAGUGAUGACCAAGUUUCGAUAAAGUUGACCAAGCUGAUGGAAGCCAAAGAGGUUGAUCUGAGAAAGGAGAUCCGGGCACUGCGUCUUGACAUGGCUGCUGCAGAUGGACCCGUACGAACUCAGAGGCAGACGGAUCCAAUCAAAGAAGAGAACCACGGUGACCAUAAAGACCUGUGGCGUGAAAUUGACCGCAUCGCAGAGGCUCACCGCAUCCUGAAUGUGCGCAUCGACAAUGAGCUGGCACACCUGUCUGCACCUGAAGAUGUCACUGAUUUUGGGAUGUUGAUUGAGGAAUUGGAGGCGCGUAUAAAUAUUACGGAACUAAAUGCAGAGACUCAUUGUUUCUACAUUGAAGACAAACUGACCCGCACAAUAGCGGAUGAAGUGGCGGCACUUCGGCAGCUUCUGGGCGACCGUUUGAACAGCAUGGAUGACCAGUUCACAAACAUGUUGGUGGAAAUGAGCAACAACUCCUCCCCAGGGAUGUUCGGUGAUUCUGUCAGUGCCAUUGAAACAAAGGUCAACACUAACAAGCUCCUCCUCGAAGGUCUGGGCGAUAAAGUGAAUACUCUUGAAGAGUUAUGCUCCGUGGGAUGUUCAGGAUCUGGAGAAAGUUCUGCACCCACACCCAGUGGUCUAGCACACAUUUUGAAGGACCUGAAUCGCUAUAGGACUGACUUGGACGUUCUUCACACAAAUGUCGAGUCCAACACUGACAAACUCAGACAACUGGAAGACCUUGUCCAGAGGGAGUCCGCUGGAAAUGAGAGACAUAAGAAGACGAUGGAAGACUUCCAGAAGGGGCUGAUUAAUCUUCAAGAUAAUGUGCUUGGCCUGGCCGGUGCUGUUACCGGGUUAGGUGACUCCCUGAGCCAAUACAACCAAGAUAUGUACAGAAUAAAUGCAACAUGCUGCCACGCAGGGCAGAGUGGCAUUGGAAGUCAACCCCAACGGGACAACUGGGCUCCACGUGACACAACCAGCCGUCAGGUAGAAGAGCUGAAGAACAGGCUUGAUACGCUUAGUGCACAGGUGUCAUCGGGCCUGAAUCAAUGUAAGCAGAGCACACAGGGGGUAUCUGGUGAAAUAUCUGCCGUGGAUCAACGUGUUGCCAGACUUGAAAAGGUGUGUGGAGGGUUAGAUGGGGUUUCGGCCAACGUCAAAGAACUGAAAGAUGGAUUGGAGACACAUGUUGGAAGCCUGAAGGACUGUUGCUACAGGAUGAAUGUCACCUGCGGGAAGCAUGGCGCCGACAUCAUUGCACUCCAGAACACCUUGCAGAAGGUCCAGGCACAGCUGUCUGCGAUAGCCAAAGAGCCAGGAGUGGCCUUCAGGCCGGAGCGGCCUGCUUCUUUGCCAGAUACCGCUGGCACAAGAACCAGAACUCAACAAAUCCACAUCCCUGUCAUCAUCCCUGCCCUGCCGUCCAGCCCCAGGCAACCAGUGCAGCCCAACCUGCACACAAUCCGGAUCAGUCCGCCAAGCCAGCCUUCCGUUCGACAUCAACCUGGGGGCCUGCCCACUCUGCCUCUGGUUCCAGUGAGGCCCGUGGUGGAGACGGGAGAGGCGGGACCUCCGGGGUACAUGCGCAGGGUGACCGUACGAAGAGGGUCGGAGGACUCAUCGAGCAAACCCGUCAAAGGGUUUGCAGGAGCACCAGGAUACAACCCCUUGCAGCCUGCGCCUUACAGACCCGAACCGGCGAGCAGCCGCCGAGCUCCUCUCGCUAAGGUUCCCUGGAACACCAUGUAUCAAGCUCCCGCUGACUCUCCAGUCUCAGUAGACCACAGCGCCUUUGCAGAGUCCUUCUCCUUCUCCGCUGGCCUCACGCAGCAGCCGUUCUCUGGAGACUUCGGCGUCAUUCGCUUCAACAGAGUCCUGGUCAACGACGGUGGAUACUACAAUCCGAACACAGGGACCUUCACCGUCCCCCAAGAUGGCCGAUACCUGAUCUCAGGCCUGCUGACCGCGAAGCAGGGCGAGGGCGUCGAGGCCGUGCUGUCCGUGUCCAACCGCAGCGUUCAGAGGCUGAGGAGCUCAGCCGGCCAGCGCGGGGGCUCCUGCGGCUGCGGCGAGACGGUGUCCUUCAGCCUGAUCCUACCCCUGAGGAAAGGAGACCGCGUGGGUCUGGUGAGGACCGGAGGCCAGCUGGCCACGACGGAGUCCAGGGAGAUCCUCUCCACCUUCAGCGCCUUCUUCCUGUACGCGCCGCAGGCCCAACGAUAGCCGGAGCUCAGCCGGAGCUCAGCCGGAGCAGCGACAACGAGGACGAGUACGUUCCCAGAUAGACGGACUGGAGGAAAACAGGAUGUUUCCACUGUUUUGCUGUGAUGCAGAUGCCACUAUGUGAAGAGCCCCAGUUAUGAAGUUACCUUGCAAUUUUGUUAGCCACUCGCCACAGAUUCCUAAAUACAAGAAGCAGGAUUUGUAUCUAAUAUAUUUGAUUAUCAAGUUUUUGUUACUUAUUGUGACCAUCUUCCAUGUACAAGUUUUUGUAAAUUAAUAUUAAAAGCCUCAUGUUUAUUUUA